UACAGGACGAGGCAACACUCUCUCACACACACACACACACACACACACACACACACACUCGCACACACACACACACACACACACACACACGCGCACACACACACGCGCACACACACACGCGCACACACACACACGCACACACACACACGCACACACACAGGCGCUAGACAGACAACAGAAGAGAGGAGCGUUGAGGAAGAAAAUACCGCGAAACAUUGGUGACAGGCAGACGAAAUUGAAAACUACCCGCUGUAAACAGGGUGGACCUUGACACUCCUAAUAUUAUUGUGAGAACGUUUCGACGACAAUGUGGACGCCAGCAGAAAGCUAAUCACGGCAGUUUAGAUCGGGGGGUGGUGUGUGUGUGUGUGUGUGUGUGUGUGUGUGUGUGUGUGUGUGUGUGUGUGUGUGUGGGGGGGGGGAUACCAUCUGUUCAUUUCUCAGUCGAGCGGUCAGAGAAAGAGUUGAUCGACAGCGCACUUCAAAUCCUGUUCCCCUCUUUUCAUAACCUUCCUGUUUUGACAUGCACUCUCCGACGAUGUAUGGAUGGUGACCCUACUCUUGGGAACAUUUCAGAUGUCCGCAGACUCAAAAAAAAACGGGUUAUCUGCUUUGAGACAAUGGAUUGUGGUUGUGGUGUGAAGGCUUCGCUGCUGCUAUUGCUGUAACCGACCGGUGGAUCAUGGAAGGGGUACGUGCUUCUGAUGCGGGUUCGGGACAUUUUAUGGACCCUGCCAUGGGCGCCCAAGUGGCACAGAGUGCGACCAACAUAGCGGGAUUUAACAGCGAUGACACCCUGUUACCACUCACUGGAUCCCGGGCGUAUUUGGACGUUUCGCCAGCAGCAGGGCACCCGUUCUACGGAGGAUCGGAAGUAGUUUAUACCAACGGGCGAUACAGAGAGCACUGCAGUCCAAGACUUGGAGGUAGAAGCCGCGAUAAUUCAGCCGAGCGAAGUCACGGAGCUGCAAACACACCUUGCGGCAUCAUGAAGGAUGGCUCCAAGCAGAGGCAAGUAAGGAAGAAGACCGUCUCCUUCAGCUCCAUGCCCAAUGACCGCAAGAUAAGCAGCACGGCCGCCUGCAUGGCCUUCAUGAUGGAGGGCUGCGAGAUGAAGAAAGUGCGCUCCAAUUCGCGCAUGUACAACCGCUACUUCCUGUUGGACCCUGACAUGCAUUGGCUGCGCUGGGAGCCCUCCAAGAAAGAUUCAGAUAAGGCCAAACUGGAGAUCAAGAGCAUCAAAGAGGUGCGCCUUGGGAAGAAGACACCGGUGUUGCGCAGCACUGGCCUUUCGGAUCAGUUCCCUGAUGAGUGUGCUUUCUCUAUAAUCUACGGAGAUAACUAUGAGUCCCUAGACCUAGUGGGCAGCACUGCGGACGUGGUCAGUACGUGGGUGAUGGGGCUGAGAUAUUUGGUGUCGUAUGGCAGGCACCCUGUUGAUAUGGUGGAACAAAGCCAGCCUAGCCUGCGAACGUCCUGGAUCGGAUCUGUGUUUGAGCUCGCGGAUAUGGAGAAGGAUGGAUACAUAGACCUGUUCCGUGCCACCCAGAUCAUUAAAGGCCUCAACCCAGGCAUGAAAGAGUCCAGGAUAGAACUCAAGUUUAAGGAGCUCCAGAAGGCUAAAGACCAAUAUGGAGAAGAUAUUAACCUGGACACAUUUGUGGAGGCCUAUUGUGAGCUGUGCACGCGUCCAGAGAUUUUUUUCUUGCUGGUGCAGUUCUCCAGUAAUAAGGAGUAUUUGGACAGUAAGGACUUAAUGCUGUUUGUGGAGGUGGAGCAGGGAGUGGAGGGCGUUAAUGAAGACAUGUGCAGGGAAAUUGUUCAGAAGUUUGAGCCAUCCGCUGAAGGCAGGGAGCGAGGCUACCUCUCCAUCGACGGUUUCACUCACUACCUCCUUUCCUCCGAGUGCCACAUCUUUGAUCCCCAGCACAAGCGUGUGUGCCAAGACAUGACCCAACCUUUAUCCCAUUACUACAUCAACUCUUCACACAACGCGUCCCUUCUCGAAGACCACUUCUGGGGCUCGUCAGACAUAAGCAGCUACAUCCGAGCACUGCGGAUGGGCUGCCGUAGCCUGGAGGUCAUCGUUUGGGACGGACCAGAUAACGAACCAGUGGUGUACGUGGGGAGCUCUGUCGCCUCUCAGCUGGCUUUCUCUAAGGUGCUCGACAUCAUAAACCAGUAUGCUUUCGAGAGCUCAGAGUAUCCGCUAAUUCUUUGCUUGGUGACACACUGUUGCAUCCACCAGCAGAGGGUCAUUGCCCAGCACAUGAAGAAGAUCCUCGGAGACAAGCUGUACGUAGGCCUUCCCAACAAAGAGGAGAUUUACCUGCCCUCCCCAGAACAACUCAGAGGGAAAAUCCUCAUCAAGGGUAAAAGGCUACCCCCCAGCUGUACUGAGACCGAAGGGGAUGUGACGGAUGAGGAGGAGGGUCUAGAGAUGUCACGGAGGUUAGGAGCCAAUGAGAAGGACCAGCUAAAUGGCUUGGGCAGGAGACUCAGGCUCUGUCGGGAGCUGUCUGACCUUGUUUCCCUCUGUAAGUCAGUUCAGUUCAGGGACUUUGACAUAUCCAAGAAAGAACAGAAAUACUGGGAAAUAUGCUCUUUCAACGAGGUGGACGCAAACAGGUUUGCCAAUGAAUUCCCAGAGGAUUUUGUCUGCUAUAACAAGCGCUUUCUCUCCAGGAUAUACCCCACACCCAUGCGCAUCGAUGCGAGUAACAUAAACCCCCAGGACUUCUGGAAAUGUGGCUGCCAGAUUGUGGCCAUGAACUACCAGACCCCCGGACUGAUGAUGGACCUGAACCUGGGCUGGUUCAGACAGAACGGGAACUGCGGCUAUGUGCUGCGGCCAGCCAUCAUGAGGGAGGAGGUGUCCUACUUCAGUGCAAACGCCCGAGACUCCCUCCCGGGGGUGUCUGCCCAGCUUCUCCACAUAAAGGUCAUCAGCGGGCAGAACCUGCCCAAGCCCCGUGGCUCCGCCGCCAAGGGCGAUGUGGUGGAGCCUUACAUCUACGCCGAGAUCCACGGCAUCCCCGCCGACUGUGCCGAGCAGAGAACGAAAACCGUGUCCCAGAACGGAGACAACCCCGUUUUUGACGAGAGCUUCGAGUUUCAGAUUAAUUUACCUGAACUGGCCGCACUCCGCUUCGUGGUGCUGGACGACGACUACAUCGGAGACGAGUUCAUCGGUCAGUACACCAUCCCUUUCGAGUGCCUGCAGCCCGGUUACAGACAUGUGCCCCUGCAGUCUCUGACUGGGGAGUUUCUGGCCAACACCACCUUGUUUGUUCACAUUGCUAUCACCAAUAGACGGGGAGGAGGCAAGGCCCAUAAGAGGGGACUAUCUGUGAGGAAGGGGCGUAAGACCCGGGAGUACACAUCCACCAAGACUACGGGCAUCAAGGUCGUGGAUGAGCUCUUCAGAGCCUCCACCCAGCCUCUCCGGGAAGCCACGGACCUGAGGGAGAACGUGCAGAAUGCCCUGGUGUCCUUCAAGGAGCUGUGCGGGCUGACGCCGGCGGCCAACAUGAAGCAGUGCAUCCUGACCGUGUCCACGUGGCUGAUGAACAGCGAGCGCGUGCUGCAGCUGACCGUGGACCUCAGUGAGACCUACCCCGCCAUGGAGGCCCAGGGCCCUGUGCCCGAGCUGCUGCGCAAAGUGCUCACCGCCUACGACAUGAUGAUCCAGACCAGCAAGACGCUGAUCGAGUCGGCCGACGUGGUCUACGCCAAGCUCACCCAGGCGCAGCGCGCAGGUAGGAUCCCAUCCCCGGGACGACCAUCAUUUGCUCCUGGGUUGACGACGCCUUGAAUUCCCAAAACGUCUUCCAAUAACGUGAUGGCAUUCGUUGUCAUGAAUAAAUCGUCACAUCAUACGUGUGGUCAUGGAUGGUCCCGAUGUGGGAACAUAAUCGUUAUUUAUCCAAAUCAUAUCACAAACUUUGUAAGCAGUGGACACGGUAUAUAUAAGUGUGUGCAUAAUUAACCAUUGAUUAGUGUUGCACCAACAAAUAAUGCUCCAUAUAGGUUUGUCUAGGCUUUAAGGAAGAUUGUUGGCUCACCUGCCCCAUAUUUGACCACUUCCUGUUUUCUUGGAAGUCUCCAUAGGGACCUCAGCUCAGUCAAUCCGAUUGGCUCCCACCAAGCCAGCCCCACUUCUACCAAGCUGAUUCCUUGGCGGGAGGUCUGUGCUCCACUGAGCACAUUGUCUAGUGCUGUUGUUGUCCUUAUUGUUUGUGGCAUUAGUCUAAUUUGGUAGAGCCAGAUCCCUUUCUGGUUCCCCAGCAUCGCCGCUCAAUAGCCUGAUCUAGUGGGGUUGAUGCCGUCAGAACAAGCCGUUCAUUCAUCAGUGAGUCAGCCCAGUGUUAUUGUUAUUUCAGCAAGCAGGUGAACUGACAGAGAGAGAAAGAGAGAGAGAGAGAGAGAGAGAGAGAGAGAGAGAGAGAGAGAGAGAGAGAGAGAGAGAGAGAGGACUCCAGGAACACCAGGCCAGGGAGUGUCAACAUCCUUUUUAAGAGUGGGAGGGCAAUCACGAGAGGAUGGCAGGGGGUGGGUACUGAAAGGAAGAGAGAUGGAGAUAUAGGAACAAAGGAACACAGCAACACGUUUCCAUCCAUAGCGUGUUGGGUGGGGGGUGACGAGCAUGAGUUAACAGGCUGUAAUUGGCCAUAAUGGGGUCCUUAGUGGGCAAACGACUGCAGCUUCACAGAGCUUCAGUCUCCUUCCUCGUCCCCUGUUUCGUUCCAUCGCAAAUAAUUGGUCUCCAUUUGGCACUGCUUUGAAACAGAGCCGUAUUCACGCUGAUAUCCCUUAUUAGUUGAUGACGGUUUAUGACAAAACAUAUUUCCGUCCGACUUGAUUGUUUACCUUGCCGGCGCGUCUCGGUAGUUAAUUUACCUGUGUCUCACGCGUCUUAUUAAUUAGACACGCUGAGAGUUUUCUGACAGGCCGAGGCCAGGCAACACUUCUUAAACACAGAAUAUCUCCCCAUAAAUGUUUUAGGCUUGAGUGUUGCCCUAGAUACUAUCUUAAAAAAUAUAUGGAGACCGACCAAAACAAAAAUACAAGAGCGUUCCUUCUUCUCUGCCCUGCAAUCGGCUCCUCAGUCACGCCUUGGUGGUGAACAUUCCUCACCACUGUCUAUACGGACAAUUCUUACAGCCCACUUGAACCCAAGCAGAGAUUUUUGCA